AGGAUUGAGAGUCGGGGCAAGAUCUUCAGUUUUUGGUCCAGACCAUUUACUAAGACAAAGAGCCCAGGAGGAGGAAGAGACCAGCAUUAAGACACGACAGUUCCUACUGAGGAAGGAUAAAAGAGGUUCCUUUGCGCCUGGCUUGUGUGGACUCUUCCUGGAAGUGACGUUGGGGAAUCCUGAGCCUCAGUCAGGCAGUCCCAGCCUCGGGGUUUGGGCGUGGAUCACUAAUGGGCAAGGGGUCUGGGUUUCUGAGGGAAACCUGCCUGUCAGUGGUGGCCGACCCUCAGUGCUCCUCAGAACUGGAGGGCGAGGACAUGAAGAGGAAGAAAGGGCUGUCUAGAGAACACUGCAGUGCCUGGAACCGCCCUCACGGCCUGGUUGGUUUACACAACAUCGGACAGACCUGUUGCCUGAACUCCUUGGUGCAGGUGCUGAUGAUGAAUGUGGACUUCAGGAAGAUACUGAAGAGGAUAACAGUGCCGCGGGGAACAGAAGAGCAGAAGAGAAGUGUCCCCUUCCAGUUGCUUUUGUUGCUGGAGAAGAUGCAGGACAGCCGACAGAAAGCAGUGCUUCCCCUGGAGCUGGCUUACUGCCUCCAGAAGUACAACGUAUCCUUGUGUGUCCAGCAUGACGCUGCUCAUCUCUACCUUACACUCUGGAACCUGACUAAGGACCAGAUCACUGACGUGGACUUGGCCGAGAGCCUGCAGACUCUGUUCGCAAUCUGGACGAAAGAGACCCUGAUUUGUUUGGGCUGUGACACAGAGAACAGCAGAAGCAGCAGGCUGCUCACUCUCUCUCUUCCUCUGUUUGACGUGGACUCAAAGCCUCUGAAAACACUGGAGGAUGCCCUGCGCUGUUUCUCCCAGCCCAGAGAGUUAGCAGGCCCAGAGAAGUGCUUCUGUCAGAGCUGCGGGAAGAAGACAACUCAGAAGCAGGUUUUGAAGCUGACUCAUCUACCCCAGACCUUGACCAUCCACCUUAUGAGAUUCUCGACCAGGAACUCAAGGACAGAAAAGAUCUGCCACUCAGUGUAUUUCCCUCAGCACCUGGAUUUCAGUCAGGUUCUGUCAACUGAGAAAGAACUUGGUGAUACCAAGGAACAGUCUGAAGAAGUACGCUAUGAACUUUUUGCUGUGAUCGCCCAUGUGGGGCUGGCUGACUUCGGUCAUUACUGUGCCUACAUCCGGAAUCCUGUGGAUGGAAAAUGGUUCUGCUUCAACGACUCCCAUGUUUGUAGGGUGACCUGGGAGGACGUCCAGUGUACCUACGGCAAUCACAGAUACCGCUGGCGGGAAACUGCUUAUCUCUUGGUUUACACGAAGAUUGGAUCCUGAUGGAUAUACUCACCGGCCGUGGUGGACUCUUAUUUUCCUUUCCUGUACCCAUGUUUGCUGCACCUUCAAUGAGAAUCAUAAUUUAAAAAACACAGUUAAACCUUAUUUAUAAGCAGAAGUUAAUAUUGCUGUGGCUUGGAUGUGGCUCGUCUCCUGAAAGCUCACAUGCAGGAGGCAUGGUUCUUAGUGUGUCAAUACUUAGGUAGUAGAACCUUUAAGAGACAAGGCCCCGUGGGAGGUCAUUGGUCCAUGGGAUCUCUCUCUUCUGUGCACUAAUGGUUCUUUCUCUGUUUCUCUACCAUGCUAUGAUCCCAUAUGGUCCACAAUAUGAUGCCAGUGUCAUGUUGGCUGGAUCCUCCAGCCAUUAAAAUUUUCAAUCAAAUAAAGGUUAUCAC